UUUUGUUUGACCUCUCUGUAUUUCCUUCGUUAGUAUAUAUAAUUCUUUUUCUAUUUUUCUAUCGUUUUUAUAUUUCGAGUUGAACUUUUCUUUGUCUUUCAAUUUAUCAAAAAUCACGACGUUUACCCGAGAGGAUCCCUUUAUUAAACAGAGCCAGAUCACGCUAAAAAAUGCUGCUUCAACCUAAGCCCAAGAACGCGCGCUCCAAGCGUUUCCUGACCAACCGCGACCCAAAGGUAGUCGAGAACGAAAAGACAGCGAUCUUUGUCCGCGGCAGCACAACCAGCAAGGUGAUCCUGGAUACCCUAAAGGACCUCCACUCCCUGCGGAAACCAAAUGCCAUUAAUUUCACAAGGAAGAACGAAAUCCACCCCUUUGAGGACGAAACCGGCAUUGAGUUUUUUGCGCGCAAAAACGACAGCUCGCUGUUCGCCGUCGGCAUGCACUCGAAGAAGAGACCCCACAACCUUAUUCUCGGCAGAACAUUCAACUACCAGAUCCUCGAUAUGAUUGAGAUGGGUGUCGAGAGAUGCACGACUAUGCAGGAACACAAGUCCCAGGCAUGCUCGGUCGGUAUGAAGCCUCUAAUGGUGUUCAACGGCGAGGCAUUUAACAGGGAUGAGAACCUUAUUAGGCUCAAGAGCAUUUUGUUGGACCUUUUCCGCGGUGAGGUCGCUGACAAGGUUUCGCUGAAGGGCCUGGAAUACAUCAUUACGGUUACCGCUGGCCCCCCCGGUCCUAACGGCGAGACCGGUCUGGUUUUCUUCCGCACGUACACCACUAGCUUGAAGAAGUCGGGCUUGCGCCAGCCCAGAGUCGAGCUGGAGGAAAUGGGUCCCUCAUUGGACUUGAGGGUCCGUCGCGUUCGCUUGCCCACCGAAGAUAUGUGGAAGUUGGCAGUGCAGGUGCCUAAGGAGCUCAAGGUCGUCAAGGUUAAGAAUAUCUCGCGUGAUGGGCUCGGCGACAAGUACGGAAGGGUUCAUUUGGGCAAGCAGGAGAUCAACAAGAUCCAGACACGCAAGGUCAGGGCUCUGAAGAAGAACUUGGACGGUGGCAAGCCCGGAAAGAGACAGAAGAUGGAUGUCGACACCGAGUAAAACAAAAAAAUUUACAAGUGAGCGAGCAUUUGGUGGUUUGGUUACUUUUCUAUUUGUCUUUUUAUCUUUUACAAAAAAAUCCUUUAUUCAAAGCUUU